GUUUGUUUUUAGCUUUAGCAAUAUGUCAUUUCGCACCCUGUCAAAAUUUCUGUGUUAAAUUAUAGUUGCGGCACAGUCUGUAAACUAUAUGAAGUCCUCCCAUCGUUUGGCUUUUAUGAAAACUAUGACGUUUAUGCUAGUUUUACUUUCUGCCGGUCCAGACGAUGAAAAAUGACCAAACUAGGUCGUAUGUGAGGGUCAAACAUUCCAUCAGAGACACAUUUUUGGACUGGACAGCGUUGUGUGGCAGAAAUGACAGCGAUGGAGUGCAUUGUGUCUGCACCAGGAAAGGCGAUCCUCCACGGGGAACAUGCAGUUGUUCACGGAAAGGUGGCCCUUGCAGUGGCUUUAAAUCUGAGAACAUACCUCCGGUUGAAAUCCACCUCUACUGGUAAAGUUUGCAUCAACCUCCCAAAUAUAGAUACAUUCCAAUGCUGGGACCUGUCUGAACUGAAGCAGCUUCUUCCUGAUAACUUUGGUAAUAGGGAGGCGGACAAACGUCUGGAUCCUGAACUUAUGAAGAGACUGCAUGAAUUUGGCUCCAGAAACAGUGGAAACCUGGAUGGUUGCAACGUGGCUGUUUUAUCUUUUCUCUGUAUCUACCUGGGCCUGUUUGGAUCAAGAGAGUUGCCCAGUCUGACUGUAUCUGUUUGGUCUGAGCUGCCAACUGGAGCAGGACUCGGGUCAAGUGCUGCAUACAAUGUAUGUGUUGCUGCAGCCCUGCUCUGUGCAAGAGGAACUAUUCCUUCUCCUCUCAAAGACUGGAAUCACACUGUAAGGUGGUGCCAGGAGGAUAUGGAGUUGAUCAACAGCUGGGCUUUCCAAGGUGAGAUGAUUAUCCAUGGCAAUCCUUCAGGUGUAGACAACGCUGUUGGGACGUGGGGUGGCAUGCUGAGGUUCUUGGAUGGGAAGAUAAUACCACUAAGCCAGGUGCCACUGCUAAGAAUCCUUCUCACUAACACCAAAGUACCACGAAGCACCAAGGUACUUGUUGCCAAGGUGAAGGACAAAAUUAACAAGUUUCCCUCUAUCAUGUGGCCUGUGCUUGAUUCGGUUGAUGCCAUAUCUGGUACUUGUGAGAAAGUCCUCUCAGAGAUGACCUGCAAGCCUAUAACAGGAGAGCAUUACAAUAUUCUGGAGGAGCUCAUUGACAUUAAUCAGCACCAUCUGAUAGUGAUGGGUGUGGGACACCCAGCUCUGGACACAGUGUGCCGGAUCACACUAGCAAGAGGGCUUCACAGCAAGCUAACAGGUGCAGGUGGAGGGGGGUGUGCCAUCACCCUGGUGAGACCAGAAACAGAUGGCUCGGUUCUCCAGAGCAUGGUACAAGACUUGAAAGACUGCGGCUUUGACUGCUGGGAAACAAGUAUUGGUGGUCCAGGUGUUCAGCAGCACGCUCUUCUCUCUGUUAAGGAGGAAGUUCUGGAAAUUUUAAACCGUUACUGACAUCAACCUGUGAGUGUUGCCUCAAGAUCUUGGAACUGAAUGCUGAGUGUGUUGGCUACAGACGUUUUUCCAAUUCAGCUGAUGUAAACAUCUGCAUUUUUCCACUGAAUUACUAGUUUUUCUUUAUUACAGUUGGAAAGCACAAAAUCGGUGCUGCUACUGGAUGAAAUUUCUCAUUUCAAACAUUUGCUUGUCCUUCGGGUACAGUUUUGUUGCGUUUUCUGUAUUGAGCUUUUUGUCCAGUAGAUGGCAUCAAAAUUUCAAAAAUUGUUUUGUGGAAUGGGGUGAUUUGAUGUAAAGUGCUUCUGAUAAUUUGAUUCAUGUGGAAGUUAAGCAUUGCCAGAAUUAAUUUGCAGCACCAUCUAAAUGUAUAAAAGCAGCAGAGCUGACCCAUCUUAAUGAUUUAUAUGAUUAUCAGUCAUUAAUCUUUUCUGGUGAUGAAAAAUACCUUCUUUUUUUCAGUGUUUGAGGUGUACGCUGACGGCCCAUUAUAAUGUAAAAUCAUCAAAGUAAAAUGUAAUGUAUGCUUCUCAUUGUAUGAUAUAACAGCUUUAAAAAAAUGUGCUCCACUUUUCUUAUAACACAGAUCAUGUGCUUAAAAAUGAAAGCAGUUUUAGUAGUUUUAAUUCAGAAUAUUCAAAUGAUACCUAAGUGUCUGCUAAUGGUUUGUGAAUAAAUGUGCCUCUGCAUCUGUUGGGGUUUAUUUCAGCGUU